UGUGUAGCUCGUCCCACCCUCGGUCAAACAGAAACACAGACCUGAAGCUCUUUAUGACGGACUGAGAGCAGAGAAGAGCGACGACCCGGUUGCUGCGUCCUGAACUGGCAGUGUUAUUGGCUGGGGGGGUGCACACCACCACUCACAGGCCAACACCCUGAAGCCUCCAAACACAGCAAAAUAAUGAAAAUAUAAGAAAAUGCAGGUGGAGGGCAGGGUCUCUGCAGACAGACGUGACCACACACCUCUAGUAGAUCAUGAGUGAUGAUUGAAAUACAUUAAUUUGGUGUCAGUCUAUCGUAUUUUCUCAGAAAAAUCCUGCAUUAUCUAGUUUAAAGAUAAAUUGCUAACAUUUUAUAAAUAAAAUAAAUAAAUAAAAUUUUCACUUUUCCUCCCUCCCUUUUGACUUUGCAAUUUUCCAUUUCAUGAUAUCAAUUUGUAGUUUCAAUUUUUAAUUGUGUUUAAUGGUGCAUGCAUUUAUACCGUAAAUAUUAAAAUUCUGAGUUUAAAUUUCUUCUCCAAAACUACAUAGUGCUCUUUUAAUAUUUAGAAUUUUAGGUGUAAUCAAUUGAGAUUUUUCAUCAUUAAUCAAAAUGAACCUGUAAAUAAAGUCAACACUGAAUGGCAAGACUGAUCAUAAAGGCUGCAUUUUUUUGUCUUACACCCCUACAGAUUACAUGGUCAUGUGAGGAUAUAUACGUCUCCACAGUCAGACUGUAGAAUAAAGCUAGCUCUAUAUUUACCCCUUAAAUGCAUCGUUUUUUCAUGCUCCAUCCUCGUCUCAUUUGCAAAGAGAGCUGUGGGUGGAGAACUCUUAUCAGAUUAACUGGUUGUUCAGGAGAGUGUAUAAAUAUUGGACAAUCUGUGAAGGUCAGUACAAGAGUGCACACUGAACAACUGAGACCGCAGCUCAGGAACCAUGGCGAUGUUUGGAAAGGUUUUGGAGCCUGUGGGCUACAUGCAAACUGUGAGGGUCCAGGUCCAAGGGAUCUGCUCUUAUUUGGGUGGCAGUGCCACAGCAGAGGAGACCGAGGUGGCCAAGAAGAACCUGGACAGCAUCGACCAGGAGCUGGGAGCAUCAGGUCACGGCCUGCUGGACGACCAGGAGGUCCACCGGCUGGAGGACGAUCUGGCCGUGGUCUACUACCAGCUGGGCACCGCGGUGAGGGCCCAGUCAGACUUCACCAAGAAGGAGACAGAGGUGUUCCUGCAGUACGUGCAGGACUACCGGCUGGAGAGGCAGCUGACGGCGCUCUACAACCGCCUGAUGGGAGUGUCGGCGCUGACCGACCAGCCCACGCUGCUGGAGGAGGUCAUACUGAGCCGCAAGCCCAAACGCUGGGAGCUGAGGGAGUUCUGCGUCAAGGUUAACUUUGUCCUGGGUACCGGUCUGCUGUGCCUCUUCACGCAGGCUUCUCUGACAGGCAGAGACCAGGCUCUCCUGAUGAAGACCUGGUCUGACCGCAUGGGUGCCCUCUACAGGAAGAUGAAGAACACAGGAGGCCGCUGCUUAGGCUACUUUCUGCAGCAGGCGGAGGAAGAUGUACGGCAGCAGCUCCACCAGGCCGUGCAGGACCGUGCACCUCCUGAGGAGGCAGCGUCGAACAUCCUGAAGACCCUGGAGAAGAACUACGACUGGCUGCGCUGGGCGGUGAUGCUCCACCCUGCUGUGGGAGCCAUGGAUGACGAGAAGGAGGAGGAGGAGCCACAAGAGGAAAAGGCAGAUAAGGGAGAUAAGGAAGAAGUGCCGGAAAAACAGCCGCUCAACAAUUUCCUUUCUGUGGCAUCUGAACCACCGAUUCCCCACGUGGUGGCGUGCUACCGCGACACACCGACUUCACUGGACAAGAGUCGCAUCCACCAGCUCAUCGUGGACCUGGAGUGGAAGAUCCCCAACCCACCACCUGAGGUGUAUGCCUCCAUUGAGGAAGACCCGGGCAGGGCGCGGCGUUACCUGGCCUCACGCAUGCUGAAGAAGCUGCAGGAAGGGCUGGGAUCCGGUGUGGCGGUUCAUGUGGUGCCGGGCAGGAUGGAGAUGAAGUGCAACUUCCCUCCAGCCUCUUACUACCUCUACGAGUACAAACACCGGCUGGCCUCGGGCACCGUGUGUGUGUUUGGAUGAAAGAGGAGGGGGGGAGAAAACAACACGCUGUUCUCACACAGAUGUUUCAUUAUCAUAUUGGAGUAUCGGCUUUAUUUUUGUUGCUCUCACAGUGGCAUUGACAUGUCUUGUGUAAUAUUGCUUACAAAUAAACGUCAUUUUGGGGGAAAGGA